CUGGAAAGCAUCUUCAGCACAGCGCGACGUGAGCGCCUCCAGCGGUCCGACACUCCGGCUGCCAGUGCCGGAGCGGAGUCUGAAGUGCUGGAUGAUUCUCUGCAGAAGAAGCAUCAGGUGGACACGACGCUGCUAGUCCACUUCUUCGGCCAGAAGGGCAAGCAAGACCUCAAGUUUGAGGACUUCAAAAUGUUCAUGGAGAACCUGCAGACGGAGGUGCUUGAGAUUGAGUUCAACGAGUUCUCCAAGGGGCUGCCCACCAUCUCCGAGCUGGACUUCGCUAAGAUCUUGCUCCGCUACACGCAUCUUCAGGCCGACCAGUACGAGAUGUACCUGGAGCGUCUCAUCGACAAGCUGUCGGAAGAGAAGGGCAUCAGCUUCUCAGAGUUCAAGUCGUUCUGUCAGUUCCUGAACACCUUGGAUGACUUCGGCAUCGCCAUGAGGAUGUACACGCUUGCUGAGCAGCCCAUAUCUAAGGACGAGUUCCACCGCGCUGUGCAGAUCUGUACAGGACACAGCCUGAGCGAGCACAUCGUCAGCACGGUGUACAACAUCUUUGACGACGACGGCGACGGCGCGCUCAGCUACAAGGAGUUCAUCGCCAUCAUGAAGGACAGGCUGCAUCGCGGCUUCAAGCACAACUUGCGGAGCGAAGGCUGGGAGGCCUUCAGACACUGCGUCAAAGCUGAGAUGAAGGAGACGAAGUAAAAACAUCGGGCUUGAUUGCCUUCAAGAACUGCCUCGUGAGAACCCUUCGAUCGUAACUACAGCUCCUGGCCUGAAGAUAUUCCCUUCCUUGCCCUGAAGAUAUUCCCUUCCUUGCCCUGAAGAUAUUCCCUUCCCUGCCUUGAAGAUAUUCGGGGGAAGAUAUUCCCUUUCCUUCCUCGAAGAUAUUCGGGGGAAGAUAUUCCCUUUCCUUCCUCGAAGAUAUUCGGGGGAAGAUAUUCCCUUUCCUGCCCGGCAGACAUUUCCUUAACCACGUUGUUCAUCUCUCAUUGAAUAUCACUAUUUUAAGUGGUAUAUAUUUAAUGUUUUAUGCGUUUAUGGGGUUAUGAAUUCAAAGACCGAGAUGUUUGCUAUGCAGCGAUUUACUGUAUUACCGGUACAUUUUUAGAUUGUGAUGCAAUACAAGUGCAUAAUCAAGCCGGUGCUAAUACGUCGGUUGAGUUGAUGCUCACAAAUGUGCGCAUUGUAAUUGGCCUCACUAUAUAUUACUCGCCGAGACGACGUUGUCUCUGUAAUAAGAAUGUCUUAUUGUUCAAUCAUUGAUGAAAAUUAUUCCUAAACUUUGUGGUCAUUACUGAAAGAAAUGGAUAAUUAUAUUGAACUCUAUCUACUGAUGUCGGAUUGUCUCUCUUUUCAUCCAUCUUCGGCUUUUCGUGAUCGCAUGGUUCUCGUAAACAGUUGUUAGCCAAAUAUUGCUGCUGCAUGUCUUUUGUCGUCACAUUUCUUGAUUUGCAUUCAAGAGUCGAAUGCCCGGAUUCCUCCUAUCAUUCUCCCGCGAACACGUUUUUGAACGCUGCCCCUCUCUCUCUCUCAUGGACAAUUUUCAUAUUCAGCGCGCCCCGAAAUCGCAAGUCAUACUUUCACACCAAAAACUACAAUGACCAAAGCAGCCGCAGAAUAGUUUUUACACGCUCGUAUCUCUUUCAAUUAAGUACUUAGAUUAACUACAUCUGCCGCCUCAUUUUUAAUCAAUUAAAAGCCGUGAGCCAACACGGCCGCUUUGCUUUUCUUGAGCCGUACUAUUGCAACUUGCUAUAAGUAAGGCCUAAGUACACAAUGAGGCCGAUUUCUGGUCUGCGAUUGGAGGGUUUAGCUUGAAAAGCAGUCAGUGAUUGGCUGAAGUAGUAUUGAACUCUUGAAUAUUUCUAUAGUACAGCUCGUGGUCAAGUGUUGAGUUGUUUAAACUUGUCGCAGUUAUCAAAUCUACCGACGAUAGUUGCAUGCAUGUUUAAUCAAUGACCGUAAAUUCGACGACGGGUGCAAGAUUGUUAGUUUGACAAUGAUAAGGUGGUCGGGUAUUGCUCGGCUGGAUUUGACAAGAUAAUAGUUAGUAAGAGUAAAUAUUUGUUUCGAAUAUUUUUUUUGAGUGAUGCGUUAUAAACGCAAAUGAUUUGUAUUAUAUUACACAUUUUUAAUUUGUUUAUCUUGUUUAAAAUACCAAAUUAGGUAAUCUUUUUUGUUCGGUAAUAUUUUUUGAUUAUCGAUAUUUAAUUGUCAUUAGUUUUAAUUGUGUUUAUAUUCUUUGAUUUAUUGUGAUUUUUUGUGGUGCUGCAAGCUAUUCACUUGCUACGUAGAAGAGACUAGGAACAUUAAUGCAUAAUGUUGACCGACCAUUUUGCUUUCUACUUUAUGAUCUUAUAUAACCUCCAUAUGAUCUCCGUAGAAUUUCCUCUUCAAACUUAUUAUACUGGUACAAGAUGUCGUUAGAAUAUCUUGAAAUGUCAUUCAUAAAUAAAAAAACUUUGUAGAAUUGUUCCCUUUUACAGCUCAGAUCGAGCAUCUUGUAACAUUUCAGGCUAUUAGAGCGAUCCUUCCCUUUGCAUAAUUCGGUGCUUGCAUAUUGUAGGUGUUCAAGUUUACGUAGAGGAUUCUUGUUGGUUUCAUUUGCGUAGCCUAAAACAUUCUAGUCAUGUAUUAUAGAUCAUUUUUGUCUCAUGAGUGUGGGCUCUGCCAGUAUAUAUAGCCUAGCUUAGGCCAACCCAAACUCCAAUUGAUAGUACGACCAACCAUGACAUUCAUUGUCUGUGAACUGUUACUUUUUUCUGUCAUUGAUACUUUUCAGUCUUAUCAAUCGCUAGAUAUGAAUAUCACUGUAGUGAAUUGAUAUAAUCAUAGUAACUUUUUAUGUUAUUGUAUAAUUAGCAAGCGUACUUGGUGAUAUACAUUUUUAUUAUUUUCUACGUGGCCGUCGAAAUAUUGACAGCAACAUUAUUUGCUUAAACAUUAUAACGUUUAAAAAUCCGUUAGUUGGUUGAUCAAAAAUGUGCCAUUAGUUCAUUAAAGUCACAACUUGUCACUAAAUUAGUUAAAUGCGUAGUUUCAUGCAACACGUUUAUUAUUUCUGUAAACAUGUCGCUUGCACCCAAGUUUGUUGUUGUCAUGUGUGCAUUUUGAUUCAAUAUUAUGAUGCUGAAUAA